GCUCUCGACCUGCCUCGGAAAGCACUAGCUGUAAGUGUGUGGGUUGGGGCGUGGAGCAAACCACCAGAACAGGAGACAUCAGAGCAGCUUCAAGAACCACGGACUGUUAAUUGCACAGAUGUCUCAUGAAACGGAAAGACCCAGUGUCCAAACUUCCUCAAUCAUCCCCAAACCUCGGGGAAGAAGGGCUCACUACGCAACCUGGGGCUUCAUUGUUCUCUGCAUCUUUGCCAUGUAUCACAUGGAGCAGUCCUGGCACCAUCCCGCAGAGUACAUCACCUUCUACUUCGCGGCCCUGCAGAUCGGAGCUCUGCUCAGAGGGGUUUGCUACUUCAUGGAAGAGAUUUGGCACGUGCAAUCCAGAUAUCGCAGCAGCUGGUGGAGGGUGGUGGUUGCCUGCCUGAGCCCGAGUCUGCGCCGCCACAUGCUCCUGCUGCUGAUCAGCAUCUGCGCCUACAUGGCCCUGUUCGGCGAUACUGGGCUGCAACUCUUCCUCAACCUCAUCCUCCUCUGUCUCUGCCAGCUCCUCAGCUUUGCCUUUGGGCUUCAGAGUCCCUCUGCUGUGGAAGUGUCUGAAAUCUGUGAAAAGAACAACCGCAACGUAGCACAUGGACUAGCCUGGUCUUACUAUGUGGGGUACUUAAAGUUAGUUCUGCCACGCCUUAAAGACUUGAUCAGUGAGUUCAACAGAGCCAAUAACAAUUUGCUGAAGUGCAAGGAGACCUGGAAAUUGCACAUCCUUCUCCCGGUGAGCUGUGAGAUAUACGAUGACCUGCAGAAGGCUGACAGCCACAUCCAGUACUGGAAGGAUCUCCCGGCACUGCAGCUGGACCGUGCUGGCACUAAAUGGAGAAGCUACAAACAAAGCAUCUAUACAAUUUUGGGUGAAGACAAAAAGCUGUAUUACUGCAUUGUGGAGUACGCCCCGCCGCUGCAGUCCCUCUACGCUAUGUCCCAGGAUGAAAGCGCCGCCUUCAGCAGGGAGGAUCGCCUGGAGCAAGCCCAGCUCUUCUGUAGGACCUUGGGGGAGAUCUUACAGCACUCCAAGGAAUGUGUGGGCUGCUACCGGCUCAUUGUGUAUGAGGAGUCGGGAGACAGCAACAGCCAUUUCUUGUCAAAAGAGAUCCUAAGGCACAUCAGACAGCAGCACCUGGAGGAAUACACCAUGUGUGAGGGGAAUCACGAGUCCACCACCUUCCUCUCAACAGAGCCCAGUAUCCUGAUCAGUGACUCGGAGCUACCCAGGCCUCUGCGGAGCGAUGGCUUCUGAAACAUGUGGGUGGAACUGGCAGGUUACUCCCUCUUCAAGCCAGUGGUGUAGCUGGGUUCUAAGAGCAGGGGGAGCAAACAUAAAAAAGGCACCCCCUCUUGGCUCCUUCUCUGGCCGCACCUCCCUUGGCUCCUCCUCUGGCCGCUCUGCGCCCCCCACUUUGGCUCCUCUGUCCACGCUGUGGCCAUGAUGAGCCCCCCCUCACUCCGACCGCACCGCCUCCCCCUUGGAGUCUUGGACCCACCCCCUGGAGCAGCGCUCGGCAGCAUCCUGGGCCCCCCACCCUCCCAAGGGGCUUCUGAACCACUUGUGGCGACUGGCAGCUCCGUCCGCCUCGUCCCCCAGCUCAUUGCUAGUUUGA